AUGCCGUCAACGGAAUCCCCAGAUGUUAUCGUUCUGUCUUCGAAGACCUUAUUUGCUGAUCUUAGCAAUGUGAUUAUGGAGGCGACUUCAUCAGUUAAUGAGAGCAAGCUCACAAAGAGUUACUCUCCGAAGAAGUGGAGGUGCCGGCACAACCCGAAAAAUUUAUGCUUAUCCUAUGAGGAGGCAAUGCAGGAGGACAAUAAGGCCCUAAUGCAUCUGCGCGAAAAGAUAGAAAAGCCAGUAAUUCAGGAAUUGUGCAAUCGAGUUCAUCAUAGCACUUAUUCGCUUGAGAAUCUCGUGGAGUCGAUUGUGAGUUAUCUCGAGGACUUCUAUGUUAAGGGUGAGAAUCUGGAAUUUUCGCCUUCAAAGGACAGGACCGUUAUUGCUAAGGUGUUGGCAGUUGAGAAGAAAGGUGGUGCCGUUUUUUACACUAUUCAGUAUGAUGGCAAAGAAAUUGGGCGAAUUAAUGGAAGUGAUUUGAAAGAUUCUGCAUGCUAUUGCUAUGGUUUGUUAAUCAUCUUUCUCUUAAACCUUUUACAGAAUGGGAAAGAUAGUGAUUCUGAUUCUGAUGCUCCUCUUUCUCAUUUUAUUGGUCAAAGAAGAAGUGGUGUGGCCUUACCACCUAGUGCUUCAUUGAAAGAAGUCGAUAAAGGGAAGAGAAAACAGGAGAAAAAGCAACGGAAAGUGAAACUAGAAAAGGGAAAGGUCCAAAAGGAGAAUAGCACUUGGGGUUUAAAUAAGUUUAUCUGUUCUAUUUCCAAUUCAAAUGAAGAGAGCAAAGGUGACUCCAGUAGCAGUCUCUUUCUUGCACCACAAAAGCGUAGUGAAAAACGGUUCAACUCUGCUAUGAACAAAUUGCAACAUACAUGGCGUGAACAUGAUGAGCAGGGAUUUAUUGCCGCCGCUGCUUGGAGCGCGAAGGUACUUUCCGGUGUUCAAAUCGAUAGAAUUCCUAACGAGUGCUAUAGAUUUGCCGUUCGGAAAGCGUACAUUAAAGCUAAGGAUGCUGAAAUGUUGAAGAAAAUUCGAACGAAAGAAGCCCGCACAGAAUUCCGUAAGAGGAUCCAUGAAGAAAGACACGAGUACCAAAAAAUAAUGUUGGCAAAAAUCAAGGCACAUUUCAGCCAGGAUGCUGCUGAAGAAGACCUUCUAAUAUGUGACGAACCAUUGCCGUGCCCUGGUGUUCUACUUGUGCCCAGUGAACAGUCAGCACUGUUCACCGAAUGCCUCGUUUUAACUCAGUUUUUUUCUUCCUUUAGGAAGUUUAUCGAAGCAGAACACAACAUUUCAGCCAGGCAACUUUUCGAUGCUGUUCAUGAUGGCAGGAUAGGUUUUGUUAGAUAUACUGCGAAGCUGUUUGGAUCGCUUCUAAAAGUACUCAUACAAAAUCCUGAGUAUGGAAGUCUCACACAUUUCAACCUACCUCUUCAAGAAUUUGCCAUUGAAGAGGACACAGUCUCGGAAUUAUGUCGUGCACUCCUUAUAGGAAACCUAGUUUCAGGAGAGGAAAAGGUUCGCAAGGCAGAAGGGAGAAGUGGGUGUUCAGACGAAGGUGAUAUUAAUGGAAAUGAGGAACAGGAGAAUAGUCGUGGUAGUGGAUCCGCCACCCCUUGCGACUUUAACGACGUGUCGCAAAUCGAUAUUGACGUUUGCCAAACUUUUCUCGACCGAUUUUCGCCGGAAAAAGAACUUUGGGAAUUGAGCCCUGAAGAUCAGUUGGGAAUUCUCGGUUUGGUAGUCAAUCGCGUGCUUGAACUUCGUUCAUUCAAGGCUCGCUGCGACUACAUAAGUCAAGAUCGAUCCAUUGAGAGAGCUCGGAAUUUCCAAGAUAAAAUAAAGAAACUUAAUGAGCAGAUCAACUCAUUACAAGAAGGGCUCUCUUCCAUGCCUAAACUCGAGGAUGUCGAUCUUUCUUUGUUAUCCCGCACUCAAACUCUCAAGAGAGCGGAACUACAGAGACAGCGCGAAAUAGUAGAAAGGAAAAUUGCAGGAAUAAAGGAUAGAGUGGAUGAGCUGUUCGAGAAGCUUAAAUUUGAGAGAUUGGCUAAAUCUCAUUCAAAAAGAGUUGUUCCCAUUGGAGAGGAUCGCCAUUUCCGUCGUUACUUUUGGUUAAAUGGAAAGUCGGCAGAUGAUGGUAUAUGGAUCCAGGAUAUGGGAGUAUCUGCUUAUGAAAAGUUUGUUCGUGCAUGCAUUCGAGCAGGAAAGCCAUUCGAGCUGGAUGUUGAUGAGUGCAAUCAAAAUUGUAUUCAAAUAUGUGACCAGCACAAUGAGAAUGGAUUCCAUACGUCAAUAGCUUGCGAUCUUUUGUCAGAAGGAGCCAACACGACCAACGAUUGGCCAGAUUUCGUACCUGAAAGUUGUACUGAGCUCUGGCGCAAACUCCCGGAUGAGAAAUCGUUUGAAAAUCUAGUAAACUCUCUCAGCAAAGUUGGCAUUAGGGAAGGGAAGUUGAAAGCGUCUCUCUUGAAGAAAAAAGAUGUCAUCCUUAGCAGCAUGGCUAAUGCAAACAGAUGGCAACGUGAAAAGCCAGAUCAGCUUGAUGAUGUGUGUGAUGACGAAGACAUCAGUGCCGAUUCAAUGACGCCCCUGCGAAAGUCUAUCGUACAAUUAGCUUCUGAUUUAAGAAGCAGUUAUUUAACAAGUAUGGGUUCGCUGGACGCCUUUGAAGUGGAGAUGACUUCCUGCACAACUUUAUCCGAAGUCAAAGAAAAGCUAUGCGAGCUUGCUGAUACGAUUACACCAUCGGCCAUUGUGCGGCGUUUGGAUUUCAAAUUUGCUUUGCAAACCGGUCAACACAGUGUAAUGAUUUUGGAUCGGUGGAAACAACGUCUGUCUGAGUGUCAUAAUGCUUCGGGUGUGCACCUUCUCCGAAGCUAUCUAGAUUCUCGUGUACAUUGGAGAAGCAGUGUUAUUGAAAAGGAGCAUAAUGAACGAAAACUCGGUCAAUUCGAAGCAGUUGUUAUAGACUUGAAGCUGGAAUCGUUGAUUAACCGAUAG